AUGACAUAUCUGAAGAAAGUUGUGAAUUGUGGCCGUCUCCGAUUAGAAAAUGUGAAACCUGAAGUUGGCUACCAUGCAAUCGCGCGAGAAAACGGCAGAAAUGUGGAAGUAUCGCCAAGGAUACGAGUCGUUGAUGGUGAAGUAUGCAGUUUCACAAUUACAAAUAAACACCAUGGUGAAAUACCUUUCAUGGUUCAGGUUGUGGACAAGGCGAAGGGUGAAGCCAAGUUAGUCGCCAAGAAAGCGCUAAAUUGUGAAAAAAGAAAAGCUUAUAAAUUUGACAUUGCUGCCGUUGGGUGUGAUGGCCUCAUGUCUGAGAAUGUUACCGUUCACCUCACAGUGGAAGACAUGAAUGAAUACGCGCCUGAGUUCGUCCAAGAGACGUACAGCGCUGAAGCCGACGAGGACAGACUAUACGACAAAAUUGUGCAAGUCGAAGCCGAUGACAACGAUUGUUCUGCAAAAUUCAGCGACAUCUGCAAAUACGAAAUCCUCUCUCGAGAUCAACCUUUCACUAUCGACCAAGAAGCUUUAGUGACCUACUUCAAAAGACGCAGCGACUUAGGUUGGCUAGGAAUCCCUUAUUUCGAACAAAUAGCUUCUCGGUUUUUCCAAAGACGCAUCAAAAACACUGAGCCUCUUUCUUGGGAAGAAGCACCCAACCAUAUUUUGACCGUUGUAGCCUAUGACUGUGGGAUGAAGCGAUCAAAGCCGGCCACUGUCAACAUCAAAGUGAACAGAGUCUGUCGAAUAGGUUGGAAAGGAGUACGAGAACGAAUAGAGUAUACACCGGGUUCUGGUAGAAGACCCCUUUUCCCGGAAGCCAGACUGGAGUUGUGCGAAGUGCCCUGCAAACUGGAUAGAGUGGCCGCCAAGGUAUCUUUGGCCACUCGUCACAUUGGCAAAGGAUGUGAUAGAGACACUUACUCCGUGGAAUCUCAGAGAAAGCUCUGCGGUGCCAGUUCAGAUAGUAUUGACCUCCUGCCCAGUCCAGGCAUUGGUGCCGAAUGGACAAGAAGCCUUCCUACUGAUGACGGGCAUGAAAGUGAUCAGAUCUAUGAGUUUGACGGAACUUCCAAUGCUGUGGUCAUCCCCGAAAGCACCUUGAGUCACAAUCUGACGGACAAUUUCACAGUUGCAUUCUGGAUGAAGCAUGAACCUUACCCAGACCAUAAUGACACUCAUAUGAAAGAACAUAUCAUUUGCAAUGCUGAUGACCACAAAAUGAAUCGCCAUCAUUACUCAAUAUUUGUAAGGAAUUGUCGCCUAAUAUUGCUGCUGCGAAGGGAGUUUUACCAAGAAAGACCCAGUGUAUUUAGACCUGCAGAAUGGCGAUGGAAAAUGCCCGAAGUCUGUGAUAACCAAUGGCAUCAUUAUGCUGUCAGUGUGAACUUUCCGGAGUCUACCCUCUAUGUGGAUGGACAACAAUUCAAAAUACAAACCAACAACCCAGACAUUGUUGAUGAUUGGCCUCUUCAUCCUGCUAAAGAUAUCAACACCACAUUUGUUGAGCUUUUGACUAAUUCAGAUCUUAGUGAAGUAACAGUCGAAGGAAACAGCAAGAACAACCUAGAAGAUUUAAUAUCUCGAGUAGGAUAUGUAAAUUCAAGAGAAUUUCCUACCCCUGGACGUCGUAGUGUUCAAAUUAGUACCACUGUCACGUGUUCAAAGGGUAAAACCGUCAAAGUACCAUCAGUGGAAGCUUAUAUAAUGGUUUUGCAGCCAGAACUUCCCAGUAUUACCAUCAACGGUACUCCAAACUUAGCCAGAGAAUAUGAAGCAUUCAAGCAGGGCAUUCAGCUUUUUGCCUCUGUCUCUGUCCUCAUCAGUCAAGAUCAAGAUGAGGAGGUGCCCAUGCACAACGGCAUGGAUAACAGCCUCGUUUCUUUGGACCACAAGCUGGACUCUUGCACUGUUCAAGUAUACCCACCCCUCAACCCUGACCAUGAAUAUUUCAAACUUCCCAUCAGCCUUAUGGCUCACCUCAGUAUUCAUUUUAAAGAAAACAAGGACGGUCUCGUUAUUUUUGGGGCUGACACUAUUCAUAAUUAUGACUUAGUGUUACGUCAAAUAGUUUAUUACAACAGAAAGCCUGCCUAUUACCUUAACCGUGCCUUCAAGUUGGUUUGCUCCGAGUUGAAUGGCCGCUUUGUAAGCAAUGAGUAUAUACAAACUCUGACUGUCAUUCACCCAAGGGCAGAACCUGGUCAUGAGGCAGAUCCCAAACCGCCUCUAGAACCCGUAAACCAUGCCCAAGUGCAUGACCACAAAGUUGAGUUCAAGGAGGCCAAAGUCCGUGCAGCUGGAUUCAUGGACAAUGGCCUCGGAGAAGGAAGCGAAGCGAUAGCUAAGACAUCCGCAAAAAGAGCACAAAUUAAAGAGACAUUGUUUUCAGGUCAUGCUGUAGCCAUCAUCAUUGUAGUGUGUGUGGGAUUCUUGGUGUUUAUGAUAGUUUUAGGGGUGAUCCGAAUCCGUGCUGCACAUCACAGAUCCAGAGAAUCCAGAGACGAAGACCAAGAAAUGGCUUGGGACGACUCUUCUCUCACUAUCAUAGUCAAUCCUAUGGAUCAAAUUGAGCAGGAUCAAAGUACACGACCUCUAAACGAAGAAGACGACAGCGAGAGCUCUGAUGAUGGGAGCAGCUACCGUGACGACGGGGAGUCCUCUGAGGAAGAAGAAGAAGAUGCUGGGGGAGCCCAGAAGACCAAAACCAAAGAGUUGGAGUGGGAUGACUCAACUCUCAACUUCUGA